UAUCACCGAGAGAGUAGCAGGCGAUCGAAACAAGUGGGAAACGGUCCCAUAGCAGGCUAGAUGCUCGUCGAGGAAGGUACCUCGGUGCCUACUACGAUUCUAUUCGCGUUUACUUUGACUAGUAAGGUCUCCGGCUCGACGGUCAUCCGGCGAAGAAGUUUUGGUAUAUACGGAGUGUUUGCGUUCCUUUUUUUUAAUAUCGGUGGAUUUAUUAUGUUGACAUAGAGAGGAUUGUAAAUUUCGACUUUUGGUGGGUUUGUGUGUGUUUUUCAAAAUUUUGGAUUUCGAUUUUCUUGGAUUUUAUCGGGAGAAGUUUCAUUCUAAAGAUGGUCGGGUUGAGGUUCGUGGACAAAAACCUGAACAAGGCCUUCUUCAAGCUGGGUCUGUUGGUGGGCAAGCACCCGGGCUACUUCCUGCUGGUGCCCGUCUUCCUCACGCUGCUCGGCAUGACCGGCUACCAGCAGAUGCACAACAACAUCGAUCCGGAGUAUCUGUUCAGCCCGGUGAACGGGGCCGGGAAGUACGAGCGGAACGUGGCGGAGAACUACUUCAAAGUGAACUACAGCGGCAGGUUCAGCGUGGCGAGGAUAACUCGAGCCGGGCGUUUUGGAAGAGUGAUACUGACGUCCAAAGACGGCGAUAGAAAUAUGUUAAGGGCGGAUAUAUGGAGAGAAUUGCGGCUGUUGGAUGGUUACAUUCAAAACAUGACGGUUUUUUACGAUGAAGAAUAUUUUACUUACAACGAUAUUUGCGCCAGAUGGAUGUCGGAUUGUUUCAUUAACGACAUAUUAAAUUUGGAUUAUAUCAUAGACGAUGUGGAAAAGAAAACUCUCAAUCUAACCUUCCCGUUGAUGUUCAAUCCGGUCACCUGGGACGCUCACGCCUUUCCCGUAUUCUUCGGAGGCAGCGAAGUCAGCGAAGACGGAUUCAUCAUCAGCGUACCGUCGGUGCAAUUGGUCUACUUCGGCAACGCCGAUACCAAGAAAUACGAUAAAAUGGGUGCUGCGUGGGAAGACGCAUUUCUGGACCUGAUAGAAAAGCUUCAGGAUAAGGAUAAUGUGUUCAAACACAUUAGAAUAGCCCGAUUCGCUUCCAGGACUCUCGAUCACGAAUUGGAGAAAAAUACACAGUCGGUACUGCCUUAUUUCACCUCGACUUUCGCUAUCAUGGCUAUAUUUUCUAUAGUGACUUGCAUGAUGUUCGAUUCGGUGCGAUCCAAACCGUGGCUGGGCCUGUUGGGCAACCUGAGCGCCGCCAUGGCGACGCUUUGCGCCUUCGGCGUCUGCAUGUACGCCGGCGUCGAUUUCAUCGGCCUCAACCUGGCCGCCCCCUUUCUCAUGAUAGGCAUCGGCAUCGACGACACCUUCGUCAUGCUGGCCGCCUGGCGGCGCACCUCCAUCAAGAUGAGCGUGCCCGAGAGGAUGGCCCACAUGCUGAGCGAGGCCGCCGUCUCCAUCACCAUCACCUCCGUCACGGAUUUCUUCAGCUUCUGGAUAGGGAUCUUCAGCCCGUUUCCUUCGGUCACCAUUUUCUGCAUAUACUCAGGUGCAGCGACUAUACUUCUCUUCAUCUGGCAUUUGACGUUUUUCGCGGCUUGCGUGGCCAUUUCGGGUUAUUGCGAGCAGAAAAACCUGCAUUCGAUAUUCUGUUUUAAGGUGUUGCCGAAGUCCAAAUCGAAGAAGCGCAACUUCCUCUACCGGUGGUUCUGCAGCGGCGGCGUCGAUCCCGACGACAUCGACAAUCCCCAGGAUAACACCGAGCACGGCGUCAUGGUGUUCUUCAGAGACUACUUCGGCGCGAUGCUCAACAACGGCUGCGUCAAAUUCAUCAUCAUCGUCGUAUUCAUCGCCUAUUUACUGGGCGCCGGUUACGGCAUUACCAAGAUAGAAGAAGGCCUGGAGAGGCGAAAAGUGGCCAAACACGACUCGUACGCCAUCGAGUUCUUCGACAGGGAGGACGAUUAUUACAGGGAGUUUCCAUAUAGAGUGCAAGUGAUCGUCAGCGGUAAAUACGACUACUCGGAUCCGAAGGUGCAGGCCCAAGUGGAAGAGCUGACUCAAACGUUCGAAAAUACCUCGUAUAUAUCGAACACUUUGUAUACGGAAUCGUGGUUGAGGAGUUUCCUGCAGUACGCCCAACGGAACCAGGAUUACUUGAAUCUCACCAUCGAUACCAAGGAAGGGUUCGCUAAAUCUUUGAAAGAGUUGUGGUUAGCUCCGAGCAGCUCCUUCUCCUUGGACGUGAAAUUCGACGAAAGCGGCGACGACAUAAUAGCGAUGAGAUUUCUGAUACAAGCUGUGAACAUAUCGGGCACGGAGCACGAGAAGGAAAUGGUCAGAGCCCUGAGGCAAAUAUGCAAGGAUUCGCCGUUGAACGCGACCGUUUUCCAUCCGUACUUCGUCUAUUUCGAUCAGUUCGAAUUGGUCAGGCCUCUGUCUAUACAAAACAUGAUAGUUGGAGCCGGUAUUAUGAUGUUGGUCACGUUUAUUUUCAUCCCGAACAUACUCUGCUCAUUUUGGGUGGCGCUUUCCAUAAUAUCCAUAGAAACAGGGGUUAUUGGAUACAUGGCGUUGUGGGGUGUGAAUCUGGAUUCGAUUUCUAUGAUAAAUCUGAUAAUGUGCAUAGGUUUUAGCGUCGAUUUCACCGCUCACAUCUGCUACGCUUACAUGUCCUCAAAGGCGAGAACUCCCAACGAAAAAGUCAAGGAUUCCCUAUACGCGCUGGGGCUGCCAAUAUUCCAAGGAUCGAUCAGUACCGUACUGGGAAUGAUGGCUUUGCUCCUAGCCAAUAACUACAUAUUUUCCGUUUUCUUCAAAAUGGUGUUCCUGGUCGUUUUCUGCGGCGCCAUGCACGGCCUAUUUCUACUUCCCGUAUUACUUUCCCUAUUCGGACCGGGAUCCUGCAGCAAGUCCUCCCCCGAAGACGACAUCAAACUAUCGAAAAUCGAGCAGUCCCUGCCGCAUCCCUACUGCAUCCCGCACCCCCAAUUCACCCUCAACGGCAACAAUUUGAGCGCCGCCAAGAACGCCACGCCGGUCCUGGAGCGCUACGCCAAGAAACCGCACGCCUCCAAGCUCUAUCCCGACGCGGACAAGGACCUGGGGCUCGGCACGUCCGAGGAGAACUCCAGCGAAUCGUCCAUACAAUCGCACAAGAAGCACCCGAUGGACGACGCCGCCCUGGAGAGGCGGUACCGCGACGCCUGGAGACGGAGCUCCGAGGCCGCCAUCGUCGGCUUCAGGAACUCCCAGGUGCUGGACAUCUUCGGAACCGAUUCGGAGGCUGAAUACUACAGGCGCAGAUCGAGAGCCACAGGAUCCUCCAAUCGCAUAGCGGACGAGCACCGCAGCGACAACCUCCUGAGCCCGAACCGGCACGAUGCCAGCAGGAGGUACUCGCCGUCCCAGGAGAGGUACGUGCCUGGAAGGCCCGAAGGGAACUUUGCCAGGUCCAGUUCUUACCACAACAUCGUCCAUCCGCAGCAGUACGUUAAAGAAUCCAGGUUUCCUUAGUGCCCAACCUAAGCGCGGAGGUUAUUUAUUUCAAUUUUUUUUAUCCUCAAAGUUCGUAGAUUACGUUUCUAUUGUAUAUAAGAUGGGAGAUUUAGUUGUAAUUGUUAAUUUACAUCAUACUUUAACCGACUGAUAAAUACUCUUUGUGAAGUUUGUUUCAAUUUGAUUGUUGUUUUAAGUGAGUUUGCGUUAAAGGCGCGGAUCAAGUAGCUAAAGCAAGUUACUAAAUCAAGCAACUAAAUUUUAGUUACUUGUAUAGUGUGGAUAACUUGAUUUACUAACUUGUGCAAGUACCUAAUUUAGUAAACUACUAAAUCAAGUUAUCCUUACCAAAUAAAGUAACUAAAUAAAGCUACUUGAUACGUGUCCCCGCGCCUUUAAGUUU